GCUUUUGCCCGUUCUUGUACCAGCUGAGGUUUCGUUUUCGUUCGCUUUCAGCGAUCAGUUGCAGUUUAAGUAUUCUGUGGUGUGGAAGCAACCGGUGGCCUGGUUAUCCUUUAACCAGCCAAAAUGAAGUGCCUGCAAGUAUCAGUACUUGUCAUCUGUGCCCUGUUAGUCAGUGAUGUAGCAUCAGAGAAAAUUAGGAAACGUAAGAAGUUCCACCACAAAACCGAGUCCAAGGAAGUUAAGGAUGAGAAGAAGAUUGAGGCUCCCCCAGCAUUGGCCGGAGACAUCGACAACAUUCCCAUAAUUGAUCCCUGCUUGAACGUGCACUGCGGCGCCGGCAGCGUGUGCGAGACCGACGCCGAAGGAGAACCCCAAUGCGUGUGCAUCCCCCAGUGCCCGGUGGAGGUCGAGGACCGUCGCCAGGUCUGCUCCAACCACAACGAAACCUGGACGUCCGACUGCGCCAUCUACCAGCACAGGUGCCUGUGCAAGAAGGGCGACCCGCAGUGCAAGGGUGAACAGUACAAGCACGUGCACAUCGAGUACUACGGCGCCUGCAGGAACAUGCGCGAAUGCUCCAAGGACGAAAUGGCUGACUUCCCCCGCAGGAUGAGGGACUGGCUCUUCAACAUCAUGAGGGACUUGGCCGAUCGUCAGGAACUCAACAAGAACUUCAUGAAGAUGGAACGCGAAGCUGAGAACAACAUGACUCGUCGCUGGGCCAACGCCGCCAUCUGGAAGUUCUGUGAGCUGGACGGAAACCCACCAGACAGGUCCAUCUCUCGUCACGAGCUGUUCCCAAUUCGUGCCCCUCUGAUGGCUUUGGAACAUUGCAUCGCCCCAUUCUUGGACAAGUGUGACAUGGAUAACAAUCACAGAAUCAACCUUAAAGAAUGGGCUGUAUGCUUAGAAUUGGAAGAGGCAUAGAUUGAGGACAAAUGUGAAGAGCUUAUGAAUGACGACGAUGAACAAGUUGAAGAAAAUUAACAAUGUUAAUUCGUUAAUGAACAUUGUAUAAUAUUAGAUGAAUAAGUUUUAAAAUGCAGAAUUAAAUGGUGCUAUUAUAAAAAUUAGAUACUUAUAUUUCAUCAUGGACUAAAAUUCUAUUCACUAAGUCACUGUAAAUGAAUUCUCUUUAAAAGAUAAUAUAACACUGCCGUAUUUUAUGUACUUGUUUGUAUAAAAUAUAUUUUAAUUUUAUGUGUA